AUGUGUUUAAUCAAAUAUAUUAUUAUUUAUUUUAUAUUUUGUUUCUAUAAUUUAUCAGCUAAUGACAGUAAUUUUAAUCCAUAUGAAGCUCUUGGUGUAUCUCGAACAGCAUCAGAUAAAGAUAUUCGACAAGCUUAUAAAAAAUUAGCUAAACAAUGGCAUCCUGAUAAAAAUUCUCAGCCAAAUGCAAAUGAUCAAUUUACAAAGAUUAAUAAUGCCUAUGAAAUUCUAUCUGAUUCAAAAAAACGGCAGAAUUAUGAUCAAUAUGGUACAACAUCGGAAGAUAAUCGUCAAGGUUAUGAUCCAAAUCAUUUUCAUGAUCCAUUUAAUGCAUUUCGCGAACAUUUUUUUCAUCAAACAUCAUCUAAAGCAAGAAAAGUUAUUCAUGCACAUGAGUUUUUAAAUGAUAUUCUACCAAAUAGUUUUCAAAAGCCUUAUUUAAUAUUUGGUAGUACAAAUUUUUGUUUUCAUUGUCGUCGACCAUUAGAAAUAUUUCGAGCAAUGGAACAACAAUUAAAUGAUGUGGGUAUUGGUACUGCUGAAUUUAAUAUACAUGAAGAACGUUUAAGUAAUGAAUUAGGAAUUUUAAACAUUCCAUCUUUAUGUGUAAUAAGUCAAGGUCGGGUUUAUCAUUUUAAUGAUCAACAGAUUUCCGAAGCAAGCAUUAAAGAAUUUGUACGAAAAUCAAUACCAAUAAAACGAUUUAUUCAAACUUUAGAAACUUAUGAUGAUCUAUUAGAAUUACUCGAAACUUCAAAUCAAACAAAUCGAGUACAUGCUCUAUUAAUAACGAAACAAAAAAUACCAACACUUAAAUUUGUUUUACCAUGUUUAAAAUAUUCAACAAGAAUACAAUGUGCUUUACUUCCUUCGACUGUGUUAAAUACUAAUUCAUUACCAUCGUAUUUUAAACAAAUUUCGAAAGUAUCUGAUACUAUUUUAUUAUUUAAAGAAGAUAUUAAUAAACCCGAUGUUAUUAUUAAAGAUAAUGACUUUACAUCUAAUAAUAUUCAUGAUAUAUUUCAAUCAAAUCAAAUUUUACAUUUACCAAUUAUUACAAGUGCUAAUGUGUUCAAUCUUGUUUGUCAAAUAAAUUCUAUGAAAUCUUGUUUUUUAAUAAUCGGCAAUUCGAAUUUAUUUGCUCAACAUCAAUCAUCAUUUCUUCAUCUUUCCAAACAAUUAUUUCAAAAACAUAAAUCUCAUAUAGCAUAUAUUGAUUCAUCAUCAACAAAACAAGUAGAAUUUAAUCGAAUUCUUUCUUCUUAUUAUCAAACUAAUGAGAAAAAAUUACUUAUUCUUGCUGUUCGUCGAUGGUCUGAUGAUACAGUUGAAAUUCAAAAUCUAAAGAUUGAAUUUAAUGAAAAAUCUUUCAAUGAAUUUAAUACCGAAAAUAUUUUAAAAUUAUUAAUAGAUAAUCGUUGGCAAAAUACGAAAAAAUAUACUUUACCAUCAAUACUUAAUUUUGACCAAAGAAAUGAAAAUAUUUUUCUUAAACUAAUCGAUCAAUUUGAAAAUGUAUGGAAUUAUUGGAUUGAACGAAAUGGAAUACUUCGAUAUUUAUCAGGAUAUCUUUAUACGUAUCAGUUUUGGUUUAUAACAAUCAUCAUUCUUAUUUAUAUAUAUUAUUCAAGAGAAGAACCAAAAAUUAAUUCUAAACAAUCGAACAAAAUUAAGCAAAUUCAUAUACAUGAUUUCGAUGAAUCUCUACUUGAACGUUAUAUGAAACCAGGUGCAUCAAAUGUUAUUAUAUUACUUCUUAUUGCAGAUACGCCCAAUGAUCAAUGUGUUGAAGAUUUUAAACAAAAAAUUCGUUUAAUUAAAGAUUCUCGUAUGGUUUUUUCUAUUCUUUAUCGUCGUCAACAAUCAUCAAUAUGGCUUAAUGAACUUUCGAAUAAUAUUGAAAAUAAACAAUCUAUUCGAUUUCGAUCAUCAACUGUUCUUGCAUUGUAUAUACGACGAAAAUUUUUUGUUUCCUAUUGGCCAAUAGAUAAUGAUGAUGAUAAUAAUAAUAGUAAUAGUAAUGAAAUAGUAGGAGAAUCAUCUUCAAAAUUAACAUUUUCAAAUUGGAUUGAUCUUUUAUUUGAUGGAAAUUUUCGAGAUCCAAAUAAUAUAACAAAAUGGCCAAUAAAAUUUUCUUAA